AUGUUUUCGAAGAAGGACGUGUUCCUCUUUUAUACGUUCUCACUUUUCUAUUUGUUCAAUGCAAAUCUGAUUUCCGCUAAAUUGGAUAUUGUGAGACAAUUUAAAGUAUUAAAUGGAUAUCCAUUGGAUUCUCAGUUAAAUUUCACCGAAUUGGCAACAGAAUAUGGAUAUACCGCGGAAGAACACACGGUAACUACUGAAGAUGGAUAUAUUCUAACAAUAUUUAGGAUAAUCCAUGGCAGAAAUUGUCAAGGACCAUUACGGAAGCCUCCAGUUCUAUUGAUGCAUGGUCUGUUCAUGAGUUCAGAUCUCUGGAUGGAUUCAGGGCCUGGCGCAGGAUUGGCGUAUCUCAUUUCGGACGAAUGUUACGAUUUAUGGGUAGGAAAUGUUCGAGGAAAUUAUUAUGGUAAAAGACAUACAUAUUUAAAUCCUAAUUCGAUCGAAUUUUGGAAUUUCACAAUUGACGAAAUGGGUCGCCAUGAUGUUCCAGCUAUGAUUGACUACAUAACGAACUAUACAUCGAGCGAUACAAUUAACUACGUCGGAUACUCUCAAGGUAGUUCUAUCUAUUUCAUAAUGUGUUCAGAACAGCAGAGCUACUGUGGAAGAGUACAAGUUGUUAUCUUUUUAGCGCCCGGUUCAAGAUUAACUUACACAAAGUCCAUUCCUUUUAGGUUAUUAACUUCAAUUUAUCAGGUAGGUGCAUCUUUCUUAAUUGAAGUAGGUAUUUAUGAAGCUAUACCAUGGGGUGGUAUCAUUCAACAACUUGGUUCAUUUAUAUGCAAGGACAAUAUCACAGCUGAUACGACUUGCAGAGACUUUUUGAGCAAAUUUGACUCUCCUCAUCCUGAUUCAAUCGAAACGGAGACAAUUCGAGUUCUUUUUGGACAUUUUCCAGCUGGUACUUCAGUUAAAAAUAUGCUAUGGUACAAUCAAGCGCAGAACGUUGAUGAUUUUCAAAAGUUUGAUUAUGGCCAGGAUAUUAACGAAGAAGUAUACAAUUCGAGUACACCUCCUGCUUACAAUCUUAGCGCGACGACGAAUCCAACUGUUGUUAUAAGUGGAAGAAAUGAUUUCUUAUCUGUACCUCCGGAUAAUGAAUGGUUAGUGAAUCAAUUGCCGAAUGUAAUAGAGCAUGUUGUGGUGGAAGAUCCGCUUUGGAACCAUUUCGAUGUACCGUGGAGUAAACUCACGAGUAAAGAUAUUUUUCCAAAGAUCACCGAUUACUUGUAUAGAUACAGCAAAGUUGGACGUGGAAAUUAA